AUGUCGCCACGAGAUAACACCGCCGGCCUCCCCACACGGCGACGCCCCUCGUUAACGCUUCGGCCGCGCGCCCGGACAACCGCGCACGUCACAUUCCCGUCCAAAGAUUUGAAUUUCGACUCGUGGCGGGAUCCCUCCCUGGUGGAGAUUUGCCAUGAACCGGUGGUGGUGGAAGAAGUGGAUGAUUUCCCGGAGGCUGUGCCUCGGCGUCGCGGCACCAAGAGUUUCUCGAGCUUGCGGCACCCCAUGGAUGGCCUGGUGGCGCUUGGCCGUCGGCUGUCCGUGUCCAUUCGCAGCAAAUCCUCGAAGCAGAGGUUGUACGCCCCGGAUCAGGACGAGGAUAAUGAGUGCCACCACUGCCAUCAUUCGAGUCACAAGCGCCACAUUUCCAACAGCUGGGAUUCGAAGGCGUGGGAUGCGUGGUGCAAGGGCCACAGCAUCAAUCGCCGCCCCUCGCUCAACAGCGUGUCGGCCCUUCAAAGCUUCUAUGCUCCCACUGCUUCUGUGAAAGGACCCAUCCCUGGCCAUGGAUUGGAGCCCCCGGUUUUCCCACAUGACAUCUAUUCAGGGGCGGCGGCACGCGCUGCCGCGGCCGCGCAGAAUCAAAUGGCUAAGGCGGAGCGGGAAGCGGCGAAGACAGUCGAUAUCUAUCUGACACGGGACUCGGAGAGCGGCAUCGGAAUCGACCUCCGUGACCGCUCAGAGCUCUCGGAUACCGAAUUGGCUCUCCUGCGUCUUGACCCCGUGGCAUAUCUGCCGUCUGAGAUUACAGCACACGUGCUUUCCUACUUGGACCCUCAGUCACUCAUGAAUUCUGAGCUUGUGUCGAGCUCGUGGAACCAACAGGCAUCCUCCCGCCACGUCUGGAGGCAGGUCUUUCGGGGCGCCUACCCCCGUCGCCCUGCGAGCUCUACCGCUUCCAAGAAGAAACGGUCCGUUGGAUUGGGCAAGUCUCUUCCCAACCAAAAUUGGAAAAAGAUGUUCCUGGUGCGGCGGGCUUUGGAACACCGCUGGAAGGAGGGCAAGGCUGCUGCGAUCUAUCUUGAUGGCCACACGGAUAGUGUCUACUGCGCCCAAUUUGACGAAAAUAAAAUCAUCACUGGCUCUCGCGACCGCACCAUUCGCGUAUGGGAUGCCCACUAUCCGUGGCCGUGUUUGAAGAUCAUCGGUCCGCCUCCGGGUGAUUUGCCUGUAACUGGACCGGUGAACAACCCUGCACAGCAGGCAUCGGGAAAGUCUCCCUUUCUGACCAUCUGCCCGCCGGCAACUCCGCCGGCGAGUAUCGUCACACCUAUGGAUCAGUCGUCAAACUACCACAGUGCAUCAAUUCUGUGCCUACAGUUCGACGAGGAGAUCAUGGUCACCGGGUCAUCAGACCACACUUGCAUUGUGUGGGACAUCAAGGAUGACUAUCGUCCCAUCCGCCGCCUCACCGGUCAUCGAGCCGGAGUAUUGGAUGUCUGCUUUGACGAUCGUUACAUUGUCUCCUGCUCCAAAGACAGCAGCAUCUGCGUAUGGGACCGCAACACGGGCACUCUCCUCCAACAACUUGUGGGCCACGUCGGCCCCGUGAACGCAGUGCAACUCCGGGGCGACCUUAUUGUGUCGGCCAGCGGCGACGGCGUGUCCAAGCUGUGGAACAUCACUUCGGGCCACUGCGUCAAGGAGUUCUCCACCAAGGGAAGUCAUGGUCUGGCGUGCGUCGAGUUCAGCGAGGAUGCCCGGACCAUCUUGACCGGCGGCAAUGGCAAGCGCAUCUACCAGUUCGACGCCAACACCGGCGAACUGGUAAACGAGCUCAAGGGCCACUCAGACUUGAUCCGGUCUCUGCAUCUGGACAGCAUGAACAAGCGUAUUGUCAGCGGCAGCUACGAUAUGAGUGUUAAGGUGUUUGAUACCGAGACCGGCGCGCUGUCCAUCGACCUGCCGGGGUGGACUACCAGCUGGAUGCUGAGCGUCCAGUCUGAUUACCGCCGCAUCGUCGCCACGAGUCAGGAUUCUCGGGCGGUCAUCAUGGACUUUGGCUACGGCCUGGAUGGGAUUGAUUUGUUGGAGGAGUGA